GCUAUAGCAUCAAGAAUGAAGAUACCCACUUUAAUAUAUUUCUACUACUUUUACUCCUCGUUUCUUCUCUUUGAAGCUCUCUCUCUCUCUCCUCUUUCCUCUCAAGUUCUUGAGAGGUCAAACUCCAAAACCUUGAAAUUCAAAUCUGGAAAUUGUAGAAUGCACCAUCAAAAUCUAUACCAAUCUACUUCUCUUCCAUCUUCUCAGGAUUCUUACUGAUUCUCGUUGGCGUCUUGGCGUUGCAACUGUGAGAUUUUUGACUGGUUGCGAUGGAAUCCAGAAACCCUAGAAAUGCUGGUUCUAGUAGCUCUAGAGGUUCUGGAUCUUUUUUUGUUGAAGGUAAUUCACUUUUUGAUGCUUCUCAAUAUGAAUUUUUCGGUAAAAAGGCUGUUGAAGAGGUUGAGUUAGGAGGCCUAGAAAAUGAUCAAGAUAACCAAUCUCUAGUUCCAGAUGAAUAUCAAUUGUUUAAUAAAGAUGAGGGGCCAGAUGCUGGUUUAGGAUCUUUGUCUGAUGUGGAUGAUCUGGAAACUACAUUCUCAAAGCUGAACAGAGCUGUGAGUGGACCGAAGAAUCCUGGGGUUAUUGGUGAUAGAGGCUCUGGAUCCCUGUCAAGAGAAAGUUCAUCUGCUGCAGACUGGUCGAGAGAUGCCUGGUUGGACCAUGGUAUGUUGGAUGUGGACAAUGCUCGGGAAAGUAAUAGGUGGUCAUCUCAGCCUCAGUUUGUGUCCAAUCAUCCUGGCGAAUAUAACAAGCCUUUGUAUAGAGCAUUGUCUUACCCAGAGCAGCAAGUUCAGCAACUGCAGCAGCAACAGUAUCUUCAGCAACACUUCUCGAACGAAUCUAUGUCAAGUCCCCAAUCAUCCUUUACCUCUUUCCCUCCUCCAGGAGGCAGAGCUCACCAGCCUUUGUCUCAUCGUCAUUCACUUCCUCUAAAUAUUCCAUCUGAUCCAACUCUUUUAGCACCAAAUCUGUCUCUAAUGUCUGAUUCUGGUCUCCACUUAUCUGGGAUAUCUAGUUCCCAUGGAUUACGAUUUGGGGGAAGCAUGUCUAAUCUAACAUCUGGUCCUGGAAUAAGUAAUCAGCCACGUAGUCAUUGGAGUUACCAUGCUGGUUUAUUACAUGGUGAUAGUUCUAGUUUUCUCCAUAAUGUAUUGCAGCAGCAAUUUUCUAAUCAGAGCAGCAUGCUUAGUAGUUCACCGUUGGUUUCUCCACGGCGAGGUUUACAGCCAGGAUUACAUCAUUCACUGCCAUCAGUUGCACAAUUGUCUUUGUUGCAGUCUCAGCUGAUUGGAGGCCAUGGCCAUCCAUCUUUACAUACACAGCUUUUUAAUAAGUAUGACAGAUCGUAUGCUAUAGCUGAGACAAGGGAUCUAAGGCCUAAAUCAAUGCGUGGUAAACAUCAUCGAUUAAGCCAGCAAACUUCUGAGUCUGCUAGCCAGAGGAGUGAUUGCAUCCAGUUCAGAUCUAAAUAUAUGACUGCCGAGGAGAUUGAUAGUAUACUGAAGAUGCAACAUACUUCUCACAGCAAUGACCCUUAUGUUGAUGAUUAUUACCAUCAAGCUUGUGUUGCCAAAAGAUCUUCAGGUACAAGGUUGAAACAGCAUUUUGCUCCACUUCAUUUGCGUGAUCUACCUUCUCGUACACGUAAUAGUAGUUCAGAUCAGCAUGGUCAUCAGUCCUUCGAUACCUUGAGAAGGAUGGCCUUGUCAUCUAUUCGUAGGCCUCGACCGCUUUUUGAAAUUGAACCCUUAACCUCAGGAGGUAGUGAUGGUAGCACUAAAUGCAGAUCACUGGAACAAGAACCAAUGUUUGCUGCUAGAAUUACUGUUGAGGAUGCUUUUACUCUUCUUCUUGAUGUAGAUGAUAUUGACCGUUUUUUACAAUUUAGUUCACCACAAGAUGGUGGGUCUCAGCUUAGGCGGAAACGUCAGGUCCUUCUUGAAGCUUUAGCUUCAUCCCUUCAGCUUGUCGAUCCUCUUGGAAGUGGGGGGCAUAAUGUUGGUCCUGAGGAUGAUAUUGUGUUCAUGCGGCUUGUUUCCCUUCCUAAGGGAUUGAAGCUUCUGGGGAAGUGCCUUGAGCUUAUCAUAGUUAGCCCUGGUUCAGCAAGUGAGCUGGCUCGAAUUGUCUGUAUGUCUGUUUUCCGCCAUUUAAGGUUUUUGUUUGGUGCUCCUCCAGCCGACUCUGGAGCUGGUGUAGAUACUGUACAUCUAGCCCAUGUAGUUUCAACUUGUGUUAGCGGAAUGGAUCUACGUGGUGUGAGCUCUUGUCUGGCUGCUGUUGUUUGUUCUUCAGAACAGCCGCCGCUUCGCCCUCUUGGAAGUCCUGCAGGAGAUUUUGCUUCUGUAAUCUUGAAGAAUCUGCUUGAAAGAGCCACUUUACUGAUCAACACUAAUCCUCCAGUCCCUGGCCGCAGUACUAUUCCUCAUUACAAUUUCUGGAAAGCUUCCUUUGCAUCAUUCUUCACCCUGCUUACCAAUUAUUGUGUUGGUAAGUAUGACACAAUUAUGCAGUCCUUCUUGAAUCAAGCUCAGUCUAGUUCUGAGUUUUCAAGCUUGGAAACAACAAGGGCUGUUCGCAGGGAAAUGCCAGUGGAACUUCUACGUGCAAGUCUUCCUCACACCGAUGAGCACCAGCGGCGGAUGUUGAUGGAUUUUGCACAUCAUUCUAUUCCCUUCCCCGUCACUGAAUUCAAUCUUCGUGAAGAAAACAAGGGCUGGAUAACGUCAGAAUCUAUUAGAAGUUAGAAGACAUGAUUGAUCAAGAAAUGAGACAGCGACAUGAAAAAGAGGACUAACGUUCAUGAUUCAGAUUGGUGCUGUCUGCUCAUGCUGUGAAUAGCUUCGUAAUUGAGUGCCAUCCAGGUUUUGUUUGGAUGGUGUACUUGUUAGUUGUAAGUUCGAAAUGUACGGAAUCACAAUUAAUGCCUAUUUGAACGAACGAGUGUUCUGAUUGUGUAUAACUCAAAAAAAAAGUUCAGAAUUGUGAUGAUUCCUGUUGUGCAGGGCCUAGUUUUUGAAGCCCUGUUGGAACCUUUAGGAGUUAGGACAGAACUAGCCGCUUAGGGUUCAAAUUGUACAGUUGUAACCAUUUCAUAGAUUGAUCGCCUAUGUUGCUAUUUUCUGAAAGAAAGGGCCAGUGUACUUGCUCAAAACUCUAAACUGUCUUGCUAAUACUUUGAACUUAGAUUACCUUUUUUUUUUUUUUUUUUUUUUAAUUCCUUACGGUAGUCAUCCAACUAUGUGAUCAUUUUUGUUCUUCAUAAU